UCUGCUUGAAACAGAACCAGACAGAUCAUAAACAUAGCAACACAAUUAACAAGGUAACAAAACUAGACUUCCCAUUAACUUUGAACAGCACUGUCCUGCAUGAAGACAAGUGUGCGGUAUUACACUUCAGUAGGACCAACCAAGGUAGGUUUUACAUGCUGAACAAUAGAGCACUGAAGAGUGUGGUAGAACGAAAGGGUUGGGGAAUACAGGUCCAUAAUCCAUUGAAAGUAGUGUCGCAGGUAGAUAGGGUCAUUAAGAAAGCUUUUGGCACGUUGGCCUUCAUAAAUCAAAGUACUGAGUACAGGAGAUGGGAUGUUAUGUUGAAGAUGUACAGGACAUUGGUGAGGCUGAAUUUAGGUUUUUGUGCAGUUUUAGUCACGUACCUACAGGAAAGAUGUAAACAAGGUUGAAAAAGUGCAGAGAAAAUUCACAAGAAUAUUGCAGCAAUUUGAGGACCUGAGUUAGGGAAGAAGAAUAGGUUAGGACUUUAUUCCUCAGAACGCAGAAGAUUGAGAAGAGAUUUGAUAGAGGUAUACAAAAUUAUGAGGGGUAUAGAUAGGGUAAAUGAAAGCAAGGUUUUUCCACUGAGGUUGGGUAGCACUACAACCAGAAGUCAUGGGUGAAGGGUGAAAGAUGAAAAGUUUAAGAGAAACAUGAGGGGUAUCUUCUUCACUCAGAGGGUCAUGAGAGUGUGAAAUGAGCUGCCAGCACAAGUGGUGCAUGCAAGUUCAAUUUCAAUGUUUAAGCGAAGUCUGGAUAGGUACAUGGAUGGUAGGGGUAUGGAGGGUUUUGGUGUGAGUAGGCAGUUUAAGUGGAUCGGCAUGGACUAGGUGGGCCAAAGGAACUGUUUCUGUGUUUCUACUUUUCUAUGACUUUAUUCAAUUAUGGAUCUGAUCUACACUCAGUAUGGCACUUUAUUAGAUACCUUCUUUUCCUAAUAAAGUGACCACAGUGUGCAUUGGUUGUCUUCUGCUGCUGUAGACUAUCCUCAUCAAGGUAUUGUGUAUUCAGAGAUGCUCUUCUGUAUACCACUGUAGUAAUGUCUGAUUAUUUGAGUUACUGUCAUGUUCCUGUCAGCUUGAACUAGACUGGCCAUUCUCCUCUGACCUCUCUCAUUAACAAGGUGCUUUCACCCACAGUACUGUCACACACUGGAUGUUUUUUUUUGUUUUUCGCACCAUUCUCGUGAUAGUUGUACUUGAACAUCCCAGGAGAUCAGCAGUUUCUGAGGUACUCAAACCAAUCUGUCUGGCACCAACAAUUAUUCCAUGACCAAAGUCACUUCGAUUAUAUUUCUUCUCCAAUCUGAUAUUUGGUCUGAACAAUAACUGAACCUCCUGACCAUGUCUACAUGCUUUUAUGUAAUGAGUUGCUGCCACAUGAUUAGCUGAUUAAUAUGCAGGUUUAUGUAAUAAAGUGGCUACUGAGUAUAUACUAUUGGUGUGCCAAUGAGGGUGCAUUAUUAUUUGAUUGACACAUCACGUGUUACUUCAUUUCCUUCAUUUCAGAGUGCAUUGGGAAUAUAACAAUGAGUAGAUCAAAGAAUGAGGUUUGCAGCAGUUUGGGUAAGUAAUUUUCCAACUUAAUAUAUGUACUAGACGGCAAUUAUGGCCUUUCUUCUAAUUAAAAUUAAUCACCCAUACUUCCACACUGUAAGUAUUGGGGGAUGUGAUCUGGACGGUUUAUGGCCUAUAGGCAAUCUGUUGUCUCAGUGGCAAUUUUCCAAUUAAAGGUAAAAGUGGCGACCAUCUGCUCCCCCAAGCUUGCCCCUUGCAGACUGAUGAAGCAAUGGAUUCAUCCAAUCAUCCAACACACAACUAAACCUUUGAUCUCAUGGGAAUGCCAAGUGAACAGAUAAGAAAAAACCAAGCCAAUUAGAAGGUAUAACCUGGAAAAUUCCCCUCUGACUUACUGAGCUCAUUAAGAGCACUCCUGAAGACCAUGUUGACCUUGCCUAGCUUCCCUUUCAUAAGGCAUGGCUUCUGCUCCAACGAAGAAUUGGUUCAGUGCUCAUUUGAAAGCUUGCUAUCUGCACAAGUUCAAAUUCAUCUUAAAGAUCUACAAUCAACUAGUAAAAGAAAACUGGCUAAAUCUGCAUAUUCCUUGCCCUUGUAUAACUUGUCUUCUGCAAUCAAUCAAACACCAAAUCAUUAAGUGUAAUCCAGUUCUCUAUUUGUACCUUUGAUAAGAACAUAUACAGUUUUGCAAGCUUACCUCAGUAACUAAAUUUACUGCGGUUGGGAAUCAUUCUCCUAGUUUUUCUCUGACUAUACUGUAUCUUACCCAUCUAAAUGUCAAGUAUUCAUUAACUCUUGAAAAUGUGGCCCAAUCAAUGUCAUAUGCUAGGAUAAAAUAAUGUGCUGUGUUUUAUAUAAAAUUGCUUUUUAAUAUCGUCUAAUUGAUGUGAAUUCUCAGUAUCAGUCAUGAAUUUUACAAAAUUAUGUCACUAAAUUCCUGAUUCCCAUAGCUGAGUUCAAUUCUAAUCAUGGUAAAAUACUCUACUUCCUCUAUAACCAAGAAGGAGAAGCAGGCACAAAGAAACAACACAAUUUGCAAGAUCCCCUCCAAGUGCACAUCAUCUUGAUAUUGAUAUAUUGAUGUGCAUUCUUAUUGGUGGGAAUAAUUCUCACACUUAGUGAACUUACGCUAAAUGCUGGAGGAACUCAUCAGGUUAGGCAACAUCUAUGGAGAGAAAUAAGUAGUCAACAUUUCUGGCUGAGACCCUACAUGGAGAUUAUUACUCAAUUAUGUUGUGGGAGCACUUGAACUAGAAAGACUGUGAUAGCCCAAGAAGGCAACUAGCUCACCAGCACCUUCUCAGGGACAAUUAAAGACAGGUAAUACAUGCUAUGAGUGGCAGAGAUGUAAGGUGCUCCUUCCCUCUGCUAGCCUACAGGUCACCCUUGGAGAAGUUGUAGUAUCUGCUUAGUCCUCUCGAACAGGGUCACACGAAGCCAUGUGAGCAGGUGGUGGAUAGUUGUGUGAGCAGCUGGCGCUGAUUAGCACAAGUCCUGGUUAUGUGACCACUGAUGCCAGGCAGGCAAUCUCUGAAGAAUAUUGAUAAUGGCUGGGGUCACUUGUUUUGUAAAGAUACUGCCCAGAAGGCGGCAAUGGCAAACCACUCUGUAGAUAAAUCUGCCAAGAACAGUGAUGGUCCUGGAAAGGUCAUGAUCACCCACGUCAUACGACACAGCACGUAACGAACAAACUAAUACAUGCCAGCCUCACCAACAAUAGAAUAUAUCCUGAUAAAAAUGGAUGUGAUCAUCUGUAAAUAUGACAACCGUUUCCCCAACAUCUAUAUCUAAGCCUUUCAUGAAGCAAGCGAUAGGAAAAAGACUAGGGAACAUAGUAGCCAACAGUCAGAAGCACAACCACCAAUGUGUGUCUUGAGGAAAGUAGUAAAACUAUGGCAGAUAGGUCCCAUCAUUUUCGCUUAUUCUGUCUUGUAGAAUAAAUUAAAACAACAUAAGGAUGUAAGAAACUGGAGCAGAAAUUGCCUAUAAAUCUAUCAAAGUAUGCUCCACCGUUCAAUGAGGUCAUGACUGGGUCAUGACCUUUGGCCUCAGAGAAUUGUGGAAGGCAUGUCAGCGUAAUGCUAUAUAUAAUGUCAGUGUUCUGGGUUCAGUUCCCACCUCUGUCUGUAAGGAGCCAAGACCCUGUGGAUUUACUCUGGGUGCUCUGGUUUCCUCCCAAAUUCCAAAGGCGUUCAUUGGCUGUAAAUGGGUGGUGUGGGCUCGUUGGGCCAGAGGGCUUUUACCAUGCUGUACGUAUCUCAAAUAAAAAUCAAAUCAUAAUCUUUGAUGUCCCCUGUGUGCAUAUGCAUCAUGCCCAUGUAUUGGGAGAGGAUGAGGAAGAGGCAUGGACCCCACCGGGUAGUUUCUCAUUCAGCUAUUCUCUGCAUUUUGUGUAAAACUAAGUUGAGAAAAUCAUUUAAGUAUCACAGAGGGAUGAGAACUCUUUUAAAAAGUUUAUUAAAAGCUGACCAAAUGCCACAAGUAAAAUAAUUACAAACACUGAAUAAUGACAACAAUAAAAUGAAACCAUUUUCCAUAGUGAGAACACACAGACAUCCCAGCAUGAAGUGCAAUUGCCAGUAAUGCAGGCUUUACCUAAGUCUUUCCUUGGCCGCACAAUCUAGAACCUUUUAAAGCCUAGCUUUGUCUCAUCAUCUUGUGCUCCUAACCUUUUUUUUAUCUGGUCCAUAUGUUAGAUAUUCUGAUUUCAUACCCAAAGAAAUAAAGACUGAAGAGUCUUAGCCCGAAAUGUCAACUUUUUAUUCCCCUCCAUUAAACCGUUUCUGGAAUAAUCAUAAAGUCUCCUGUGAGAAAUAAAAUCUGUCAGGAAGCAAAUAGCUGCUGCCUGAUCUGCUGAGUUCCUCCAGCAUUUUGUGUUUGUGUUGCUCUGAAUUUCCAGCAUCUCUUAUGUUUAUGAUUUGUCUCUCCAAAACUGACUCUUGAAUAGGACUAAUACUUCACAGCUUCACUAUAAGAGACGCUGUCCAUUAGAUGAGAUUUUAAACCCAGGAUUCUGUCUGGUUUAAGAGGAUUUAAAAGUCCCUCCCAUGUUGCAAUUUUCCUGUGAGUCAUCUGCUGUUCUUUUUAUUUGUGUGACCAAACACCAAGGUCGUAUGUCUUUCCAUCGAAGAAUACAAUACAAGGUUAUAAGAUGGAGUUUGUAAGAUCCCAAAUGCAUUGAAGAGGGAAUCACCAGAGGAGGUUCAAACUGGCUGCAGGAUGUCAAUAUAUUUAAUAUUCCAGCCGUGAUAACAGAUAUAUGUGUAUUCCAACUGCACUCUCAUUUUGAAAUGACAAUCUUUAUGUCUGUAGUACAUCUAUAGUACAAAUGCCGGCUCUGUUUAGAUAUUGUAUAAAUAGGUCCUUUUUUUUAACCCUAGUUUUAAUGUUAGGCCUCUGCGUUUUAUCUCAGUUUCUUAGCUAAACAGUUUAACCCAUUUCUGAAAUAAUCGUUAAGGUCUCCAGUGCUUAGUAAAAUCUGUCAGGAAACAAAUAGCUUUAAAUAAUGUAAAAGCUUGUAAAUUAUUUUAAUUAUCUGGAACUUUGGAAGCUGUAUUGGUAAAAGUCCAAUGUAUCUGAAAAACAUCUAGUCAAAAUAUCCGAAAAUAUCCCAACUGCACCUUCAUAGUGAAAUGACCGGUUUUCUUUCUGUGGUACAUCAAUAGUACAAAUGCCCACUUGAUUUAGAUAUCAUAUAAAUAUGUCUAUUUUAACCCGGGUUUUAAUGUUGGACCUCUGUGUUUCAUCUCAGUUUCUUAGCUAAACAAAUUAAACCAUUUCUGGAAUAAUCAUAAAGUCUCCUGUGUGAAAUAAAAUCUGUCAGGAAGCAAAUAGCUUUGAAUAGAGUAAAAGCUCUUUAAUUAUUUUAAUUAUCUGGAACUCUGGAAGCUGUAUUGGAAAAAAUCCAAUGUAACUGAAAAACAUCUAGUCAAAAUAUCCCAAAUUAAAAUAUAUUUAAGUAAUAAAAAUGUCUGUUAGUUCUGACUUGAGGAUUAGAACAAUGCUGUUAGGCAUUCGCCGAGCUAGUAUAAAUUUUCCCAAAUGCUGUGCAGAAAAUCUCAUCAAUUUCAGCAGACCCCAUCCAUGCAAAGAAACAACUGAAGGUAAAGUAAAAACAUUUUGUUCCCUUUCAUCAAAGUUGACUUCUUGCUUGACAAGGCAUAAUGAAAAAAUUAGGCUGCUAUUGUAGGGUGAUGUUAUAAGUUUGAAACAAGCCCUUUGCAAUCCUCUCCCCAUGUUCAUAUCCAAGUAGCUAUCCAUGUUAAUCCCAUUUACCUGCACAUGGUCUACAGCCUUGUAGGCACUGAAAAUUCCAGUGUUUGACUAGAUUAUUACUAAAUAUAUAUUACCUGUCUCCAUCACACACCCGUGAAGUGCAUUCCGGAUCUGCCUUGAAACUAGUUUGAAUUUAAGGAAAUGAUCAAGAAAAUAUGAUCUGUCUCAGGUGAGAGGGUCAAGGGUAAUGCAAGCUGGCACUUGAUAUAUGACAUAUUUUCUUGAGUGUGUGUAGGAGGCAAAGUGUUCACCAAGUUUUGCUCUGACAGGUAUCUUAUCUGGUCAUUCCUAGCACUUUGAAAAUUCAAAAAAAAAUGCAGGUGCUGGGAAGUCAAAAUCAAAGUAAAAUUUAUUACCAAGCAAUCUCAACUUAUUUGGAUGAAGUACCUUUUAAAAUUUCUCAAAAGUUCCAGACUAUUGCCUUGGAAGAACUCACUCCAAGUCUCUUAUCCUUUCCCUAUGUGCCUGACUGCACUGAAAUAUUGAAGCAAGCACAGUAUGACUUUACACUGGAAAAGAAGGUAUUGAAAUGGGUGCAAGACCGACUGCUACAGGAACCUCCAAGGAGCAUUCCAACAUGUCCACCAUUCUGGUUUGCUUUUACUGAUCUUGAGGGCGAAGAUACUGAUGAUGCCAAUAAUGAAUCUUGUCAGGCUAAACCUCAGAGGGGUCACAUGGUCUUGAGGACCAGAAGGUGUAGGAGUUUCAGUGUGACCGACAUUAAACAUGUUUGCUUAAAGGGUGCAUAUGUAUCAGACUCAGAAAGUGACGAUGGAUACUCUGAGGAUGAUGAACUCUCAUCAUCAGAUGAAAAUGAAAAUCAGAAGCUUCCCUCAAUACCAUUUCUCAGGAGCAAAUUUAGUGUCCAUUCCAGAUUCCUGGAUGUGAGACCAGCCUCUUCGCCGGAUAAUCCUUCUGGAAGUAGACACAGUGAGAAAUGUUUUAAUGCCAGUUUAACAAGACUACCUCACAUCUCAGGACUUAGGCGCUCCCCUCUUUGUAACAACACUGAUGGUGAGGAAGAGAGCAGGAGGGAUGGAUCAAGUUGGUCACCAGCAUAUGGACCAAGAAAGCCUUUGAGAAAAUUUACCUGUCAGCACCCAAACAACAAGAACAGCAGAAAUAUAAAUCUGGCAAGAUGUAUUGUUGGAAGCCCACCACUUUCCUCUGCCCAUUAUCACAUGGAAAGGUCAUCUAUGAAUAGAGCAAGACCAUCAUUCAGAAAAUACAAAGAACCAUUUCAGCCGCUCAGAAACAAUUUCUGCCUUCCAGUGCCCCCGAAAACUCCGAGACCUUUGAGUUCUCACAAACCUCUUCCAGACUCGACUGCUGAUCUGCUAUUGGCACUCAGUCAAAAAGAACAAGACCUGAUUCAGCCAGCUAUGAAGCAGGGUUAUCCAAUAUCCAGAGUGAUAUGGGCCAUCCAGAAUGUUGGACAAAGCAGCACAAAACAGCCCAGAAGGACGUUCCACGCAUCCACCAUUCUCUAUCUCACUGAGUGUAGAAGCAGAACCAUGUUCUGAUGAAGGAUCCUGGACCUGAAGUGUUAACUGCACUGUACGUCAUCCACAGAUGCUGCCCGACCUGCUGAGUGUUUCCAGCAUAUUCUGUUUUUAUUUCAGAUUUCCAGCAUCUGCAGUGUUUGAUUUGUAAACAAUGUAAGGAAUAUUUUUACCUUCCCUUUCUCUCUACACCUAGAGUUCAAUGGAAACAAUCAGUGCAGCAUCAAAAAUUGAGGCAUCCAGGAAUUCAAUGUAACUUGAGCCAAUUCUGAACAAUUGCUUCUUGACUUUCACUUUUUAGCAGUUUGAAGUGCGAGUUUCAAUUUGAAGAACAAGCAGUACUCUAUAAAUAUUUGCUGGCAACAUAUUUAAUUUGUAAAUGGCAACACCACUAAUUAUGUUAAGGUGCACAAAUUCCAAGGGCCAUAUUAAAAUGUUUUGAAUUAAUAAGCUCUUUUUCUUCUGAACCAAUUACUGUAAAAGGAAUUCUGGUUGUAGACAUGGGUUGGCAUUUGAUAGUGUGGAAUUAUUAUUGAAGCAAACCAAAAUAAAAAUAGAAAUUAAAACAUUCAAAGCUUCUGAUGUUGCGGUGUUUGCCGAGCUUGGCAAGCAGCUUGCGGACAUUUCAUCACUAUUUGAGGUGACAUCCUCUGUGUGCAGUUGCUGGUGUUUCUUUCUGGGAGUGCUCGUGUUUAUAUAACCCCUCCCCAUCCCCUGUUCAUUUGCCUAACUCCUGAUUGGCUGUCCCCUUCAAUUCAGCUUUGAAUUCUAUUGGCUCACAUUUCUUGGGCUCUUCGGAGAUCAUGGAUGGAGCCUAUUUUGAUAUUUGAAGCUUCUCUUGCAUUCACAUUGGCUAUUAGGUGCUGUACUUAAGGGGCUAAUACUUAAUUUAAGUGGUGAACUAAUUGCACCUUUAUUUCCUUAGACUGUCCAAGUCCUUGCUGAGAUCUCAGUUAACAAUCAAAAAUAUCGAAAGAGUGAACCUUCAAAUGGGAAAAAAUUCAUUUCUUUUCUCAGGGAGCUUGUUUGCCCUACACCAUUACCACACUCUCCUCCCAAUUGGUUCCUUCCCCCUACUUUCCCCAUCUGCCCUCCCCACAACCUGUAAUUGGUUCCAAGGUCCAGCUUGCUUUCCAGUGCUUUGUUGCCUCCGAUGGAGGCUGUGGACAAGCCCUUUGUGGAGGCAGUUCAGUUCAUAUCUGUGAACAAAGAGAUGUACAUGACACAGCUCAGUCCUGUUAAAUGGUAAGGCAGAGAAAGAGGUAGCAUUUUUGCUCAGCUUUUCAUCAUCAUUAUAUCACAGAGAGCAAAGUACAAUUUUAAGAAUGUAAGAAAUAUGAAUAGGAGUAGGCCUUUGGGCCCUUGUGCCUGGUCUAUCAUUCACCAUCACCCUGGCUGUUCGGUUACCUCAGAGUCAGUUUUCUGCACUAGCCCCUCAUCCCAUGAGCCCCCUACUAUGUAUCCAACCCUACCCACUCAACUCUGGUUGCCUGAUCUUGAUCAGUGGUUUGAUACGUCAAUAAGAAAGGUUUCAAAGGAUACCAGCCAAACACAGGUAGAUAGAACGAGCUUCGGUCAGCAUGAUGACUUGAGCUGAAGGGCCUAUUUCUGUGCUGUGACACUACAGAAAGGUUAGAGCUGUUAGUCUCAUCGUUGUUUGGGGGUUAAAUUCUGGCACGGCAUGGAAACUUUUAUCAUUCUGCAUUAAAAUACCCUGAGCAUAAUCACUUCAGCUGGAACCACUUUGUUGCUGUUAGACUAAUUCCACAGUAAAUCUAAUGAAGGAAACUGAGCUGGAAAACUUUUUUUCUUUUUUGGCUCCAUCAGUGAUUCUUGUACCUUUUUAAUGUCCAACUUUAGAAAUGUUUUGAAAGUAAAGAACGUGUUCUCUUGAUAAGCCAUCACAACUUUCCAAACUUUUAUUUUCUGUAUCUGAACAGGUUUCAGUGAUUCUCAAGGAGUUGUUGAAUUGUUUUCUGAUUUAUAUUGAUUCUGAAAAUAUGCAGAAUUGUAUAGCCUACAAAGAAGUUCAGAGGUCAUGAAUCUGUUCUGUCAGUUAUUCAGUCGUAGAGUUAGACAGUAUUGAAACAGGCCCUUCCACCCAGCUCAUCCAAACCGACUAUGCCAGUGUAAUCGAUAACAUUUACUCUACUGGAUAAGGAGGGAUUCACACCAGUCACACAAAUACUCUGCAUUCAGACAAUGACUAAGUCUUGCUCUGUUGAUUAAGCAGAAGGGCAUAUGGUUGGACAAAGAGUAACCAUUAUGACCCUGAAAACACACAAAAUGCUGGAGGAACUCAACAGGUCAGGCAGCAUCAGUUGAAUCCUGAUGAAAGGUCUCAGCCCAAACCAUCAGCUGUUUGCUCUCCUCUGUAGAUGCUCCCUUACCUCCAGAGUUCUUCCAGCACUUGUGUGUUGCUCUGGCUCAAAACAUUUAUUCCCUUCCAUAGAUGCUCCCUGAACUGCGGAGUUUCUCCAGCAUUUUGUGUGUUGCUCUGUGUCUGCAGAAUCUCUUGUUUGUACCUCUGAAUUAACAAUGAAUCUAUUCAUUGUAAGGUAAGUAUACUUACCUUGCUGAGGAACUAAAUUGCACAAUUGGUAACAUUCUGAGUGAAAGAAACCUCUGCAACCUUGCUUUGUACACUGUAUAUCUAUUAUAUAGAUUAAAUGUGAAUUUAGUAUUUCUUACUAUUUUUUAAACAUUUAGGGCAGGCCCUGUGGGAUUCUGAUAACUCUGAAACAUAAGUCUUUAAUUACUAUAGCAGAUAAAAUAGAAGCCAUGUGAGAUUUGGUCUCUCAAACUCUUCAACAUUUCAUUGUGUUCCAGAAUUAAGCUGAAGUAAUCUCGAAGCUAGACAGUUUUUAUGUGUUAUAUAACUAUCUUAUUUUAUAAAUAGUGUUAAUCUGGAUAUGCAAUAUAUGUAUGUAAACUAGAUGUCUAUGUGGAUGUGUAACAUACUGUAUAUAAAUUAAUAGUAAAACAAUAUUUAAAAUUCAUGUGUGAAAUAUUGCAAGCAUGAUUAAAUGGAAGCAAUUCUCAGAUAAAGUAAUUUUGGUAAUUUAGCUUAAUGUGAAGUUGUUUUUCUUCCAACUACUUCUUAUAAUCCAGAAUUAACCUUUGAAAUAGUUACAAGACUGAUUCCAUGGCACAUUGUUUCUUACUGUUACACUGAUGUAGUUCAAUGUUAAUAACCGUUAAUGUUCAUAAUGUCACUGUUGGCUGAUGUUCAUACUGACAUGAAUAAAGAUGGUUGGGUUGUUUUUUUAAAAAAUCUUUUCAUUACUUAAUUGUCCGGUGAUUU